CAAACUCUACUGCCUGCUGACACCCUGUCUCCAGCAGCUACCAACUCCCAGGUCCACAACAAAACCCAGCUAAAGCUAAAAAAACGUGGUAUUUCCCACUAAAACUCCCCCAUUCUGUUUAAAAAAAACACGAUGGCUUCGUUUGGAGAGGUUUCUUUGCUUGGUUCACUGUCGAGCGGCUCGAAAUCCGGGAGAAAAGGAAAGUCAAAAUUGUUCGGAGUAGUGGCCACAAAAAAUGGACUUGAAUGUGCUCAGCAACUCGCAGUUGAGGUUGAGGGUCAGGGAAUCGACUUGUACAGUUUAAAACAGCAGCGUCUUAUCGCGUCGUGUCCGCUCCCUGACAAAACACAGUUUUCGUGUGAUCCCGUGUACGUGAAACAAGACUCCGUACACCGUGUCUGGGCCUGCACCUGCUCUACGAAGACAAACAACGCGUGGGCGUUGCUUCAGUGGCGCUACGAUGAGACAGACGAACAAACAUCCAUUACAUACACAGACUUGUCUGGUCGAAAGGCGUUCAGUCUGCUGUUGGAACCCGACACGCAGCAGCUUAUGGUUGUUUUUGAAGAUGGUAGCGUCUACAUACUUCCCAGUCAAGAAACCGAUGGUUCGUUGUCGGAACCUGUGUGGUCCCCUUUAGCUAGUGGGGACCAAGUGUUGCAGGUUGUGUGUAGCAACAAAAAAGUGCCGGAAAAUGCAAAGGCUCAGGAAGAUGCACGUUCGGGCGAUGUGGAGAUGACAGAUGCUGUCGAUGUCGAUAGCACCAAGGAAGAUGCCAUCCGUAACUCUCCCUCCAGCCUUCAUAUGCUGUACGCAACCAAGUCUGCUGGCAAUACUCAAUAUGUAGUAGCAUCAUAUUCUCUCGCUCGUAGAGAGGUAGUUGCCAAACGACUCGUACACGAUAAAUUUGGCACUAACUACUCGCCCCAGCUUGCACUUUUGAAUGAUGGUGAGGCUGUAUGUGCUUUUGGCAAUGAGAGAUUGUCUGUGUACGAAGCUGUUACUGCAGACUCCCUUCGGUUGGCGCACACAUUCGACUUCUCCGGUGUACUUUCCACCGUUGUUCGCAUUGUACCUAUUUCUCGCAAUUUCUGCACACUGUUUGCUGAAAAUACGGCUUUUCUCCUUGACCUGCAGUAUGGAACGGUGCAGGCCGAGUUUAGUAUGGGCAGCAGCAAUUCCCUCGGCUUCCUCGCUAUCUUAAAACGUUCCGAUACAGACAAGGCCGUUGCUGGCGACAUCGUUUUCACUUCGCGCAAGAGCUUGCACCAGUUACCUUUCUACGCUCCCAAGCAUCUUCGUUUGGCGGAUGCUGUGGGCAAGCGUAGACACAAAUUGGGUCAGAAUAUGACCGUUCAUGGCGCCCUUGCCGAUGGUAUCCUUACCAAGUCUAAAAAUACCACCUCUUUAUGUGAACAGGUGCUGAAAAAUAUGCGUAUCCAAGACGAAUCGGGUCGUGCAACGCUUGUCGACUUGCAGAAGCUAGCCGCCGAGGGCAAAUGCGACGAAUUCGAUCAACGAUUCACCGAGUUUGCUGAAGCGUAUCAGAACGAGUUUGGUACACGCAGACGUGCAAAGGACGCUGCUUUGCAGAACAUCCAGCUGCUUCCAGUUUCAUUCGUACAUGCUGUGCAAGAAUUGCUGUUUGCCGAAGUUGAUGGCGCAUUAAAACUCAAACUCCCGGCUCGUGAGACACUGAAGUACUUGUUGCGCAACCGCCUGUUUUCGUGCUCUGCGCUCAAUGUUCCCGGCGGACAAUCGGUCUUCCAAUGCCUACACGAUUUCCAUCCCGAACUCGGAAUGCUGUUGAUGGAACGCAUUUCUGACGUUUCGGCAGUCGACAUUGCUCGUGCACUCAAGGUCGCACUUCAACGCAACAAAAAGAAGCACUUCAUUGUGCUGUUUGCUCGUCUCGACACUCUUCACGCCCCGAGUGCCAUUGCCAUUCUUAAGGAGCAACUCAUUCCUGAAGAAUUGGAUUCCCUCUUCUCCGUGGUUGCCCAAUUUCUCUUAACGCCUUCUCGUGCAACUUCCUCUGCGAAGUUGAGCGAUGGUGCACUGGCCCGUUGUGCUGCAUUAAUCAUGGACUGUUUGGGCCCUGGUCGCCUUGCCUUGGGCGAACAAAACCUUGCCCUCGUCAAGGACUUGCACUCCUCGGUAGAAGAAUCAUUGAAGGCUAUGAACUCGCUACUUUUGCUCUUACCUGCUGUUACGGAGCUUAUUAAGCACAAGCGGAGCAUGUCUGCCGGCGCUAAGGCUGGAGUUGUCUACAGCAAUCCUCAGCCUAAAGCUGUUGUGGAAGAGGUUAGUGACCUUGCUACUUUGCUGAAAAAGGACGCAUUCAUGGAAAAAGCGAAGGGAAAGAAUCAACGCUCACGGGCCAAGAACCUGGAUAUGACAAUUGGGAAGUACACUGUAGAGAGACUGGAGAUUUAAAUCAAGGGUUACGCAGCUACGAUCUUGUGUGUUUUCUGGCUUUCAUUUGUGAGUCGUGAUCACGUUACGUAGGUGUGUAUGUUUGUUUGUGUAUAUUUUGGUAUAUGUUGGUAUAUUGAGAAAAAAUAGGUAUGCGUGUAUCCUGUCAACAUUGACACACUCUAAAUAGACGAAGAUAAAUUUGAAGGCAAUGAGGAACGGGUAUGUGUGAGUGAGUAAAUGUGUGUAUGUUUGUAAGGUGGAAAUAAAAAGGUACGCUGUAACGGAAGGAGAAA